AUGAAGAGUCUACUGGUCGUAUUGGCCGGCUCUUCGCUGGCCAGCGCUGAAGGCUGGGCCUGGGGAGGAAACCGACCUAGUCGGCUUUGGGGACGGCAAGAAACGGCGAGUCAUGCGGAUGAACAGAGCUGCGCGGUGUUGACUGCGGAUUCGAUCAGUUCGAUGGGCAACAACUCGCUAUAUACUCGAUGGAGACCUCAGAGCCACUUCAUUGCUCCUGCUGGCUGGAUGAAUGAUCCCUGUGGUGCGAUGUACGAUCCCGUUCGAGACGAAUAUCACAUGUCCUACCAAUGGCAUCCGGUAGGCUUCAACAGAUGAGUCUACUCCUGAACUAUACUGAUUGAUUCCCACAGGAACACUUCAACUGGGGCAACAUUUCUUGGGGUUCAGCAACGAGCAAAGACCUGAUCACAUGGACCGAUCACGGAAGCUGGCAAGGAACAGAUGCUCUAAUCCUCGGCCCUUCUGGCAAUGGGAGCUACAACGGCCUGGGCAUCUUCUCUGGAACAGCUCAGCCGGUCAACCUCCAUGGCGAGCAAGAUGGUACCUUACUCAUCUUCUACACUUCUGUCAGCAAGCUGCCGACAAGCUGGUCUAUUCCUUACCAGCCUUAUACCGAGACUCAAAGCCUGGCGACCAGUAAAGAUGGAGGUAAGACUUGGCAAGAAUAUGCCGGCAAUCCGGUCAUUGAUACUACGACGGAGACGGCACCUAUGUUCUGGAAUGUCACUGGAUUUAGAGAUCCGUUCUUCGAGCCCCUUCCGGAGCUUGAUGCUCUGCUUGGUGUCUCAGAGCCUCAUUACUACGCGGUCUUUGGAUCUGGCAUUAAAGGUGUGGGCCCAAGGAUGCCAAUCUGGACUGCUCCGGCUAGCGACUUGACCAAAUGGACUUUCCUGGGUGCGCUCUGGGAACCACAAGCUAACACUUCUGUCGGACCUGUUCUUUCUACUGGAAGCUAUGGUGACAACUUUGAAGUUUCUGGCUUCUUUCCCCUUCGCGAUAGCAAAGGAAAUCAACACUGGUUCGUCAAUAUGGGAAGCGAAGGAGGCAACGUUUCUUUCCAUCAGUCUCCUUCAUGGGCUCUCUGGAACGGAGGGAGUGUUUCCGCCCGUGAAAACGGCAGUGUAGAAUUUGUCCCAACCUAUGGCGGUGCCGGCGAUUGGGGCAGUGGAUACGCUCUCAGCAGUUUCAACGACACGAAGCAUAAUCGCCGUGUGCAAUAUGCCUGGAUCAAAGAGGACUACAUCGGCAACGGAGGCCUCUUCAGCGUCCCCCAGCAAGGUUUCCAAGGCGCUCUCUCGCUCCCUCGCGAGCUCUUCGUCCACGAAGUCCGCAAUGUCGAAAGCACGGCCGAGCUCCUCGAUUCCAAAACUGCCAACCUCCAGAACGGAACAGCGUAUACCCUAGGCGUCCGCCCACUCCCCGACGUCGUCGAAGGUCUCCGUCAAGGCACGAAGUAUACCUGCCACGGAGGAAAGAAGCAUAAUUCCACCACCCUGCUCUCCCGACGGGGUUCCUCCCACAUGCAGAUCAAAACCUCCUUCUCGCCCUCCAAGACCACAGCCGCGGGGCUUCGAAUUCUCGCCUCGCCAGAUGGGAGCGAAUUCACAACCAUUCUUUACCAACCUACCAACCACACCCUCCUCGUCGACCGCACCCAUUCCUCCCGCAUCGUCGAGUUCAACAAUGCUACUAUCACCGGCUACUUCCUUCCCUACAUCAUUGCUGGUGAAGAAGAGGAAGACAUCACCAUGGACGUCUUCAUUGAUGGCUCUGUGGUGGAAAUCUACGUCAACGAUCGCUUCGCGUUGACUGCGAGGAUCUAUCCUGCGAAUAGCUGUAGUACCGGGUAUGGAGUGUACGUGGAAGAAGGUGGAGAAGGAGUAGAAUUCAAAGGGAUCGAAACGUGGGUUGGGAUGAAGAACGUGUGGCCGGAGAGGCCGGUGAAUGCUAGUUCACGGUUGGUUUGGGAUUCGGCGGAAGAGACGAAUGGUUAUACCUGGUGGACUGGGAAUUAA